CCAGAGCGGAUGGGCGCCUCUGCUCCAAGAAACAUCGACGAUCUGCGCCUUCCCUCUGGGCCUUUCGAUAGAACCAGAGCGAGGAGAACGACGAGCAGACGAGGGAAGCGAGGAAUUGAAGAUUGCAUUCGAGGAGCAUUUGGUGGCAAUCUGUCGCGGAUUUUUUCUUUCGUAGGGGACGAUGUCGGCCUCGACGAUGGCUGUCGUCGGUUCAGCCGCAACCGCCUCUCUCGUGUCCAGCGGCAGGAGCAAGACGCAGCCUCUGGCGUCCGCUGCCUCGUCUUCUUAUGGAGGCUCUGCAGCCUCGUUGAAGAAGGGAAUGACGGCUGCCGCAAAGAGGUCAAAAAAUGGUGGUGUUCGAUGCACUUACACUCCCGAGAAGAUCGACUUGUUGGCUGAGACGGCUGUGAAAACGGUGAAGGAUUUCCAGAGGCCCGACAGCUUCGGGAGGUUUGGAAUCUUUGGUGGGAAGUAUGUGCCUGAAACUCUGAUGCAGGCUCUGACGGAAUUGGAGGUCGCUUACCGCGACGUUGUGCCCACGGAGGAGUUCCAGAAAGAGCUGAAAGGACACCUCAAGGACUAUGUUGGUAGAGAGACACCACUUUACUUCGCAGAGCGCUUGACCGAGCAUUACAGGAGGGCUAAUGGCGAAGGCCCCCACAUUUACCUCAAAAGGGAAGACUUGAACCACACAGGAGCUCACAAAAUUAACAAUGCAGUCGGACAAGCUUUGAUGGCCAAGAGAAUUGGAAAGAAGAGAAUUAUUGCUGAGACCGGGGCGGGUCAGCACGGUGUUGCCACUGCGACUGUUUGCGCACGCUUCGGUUUGGAUUGUAUCAUCUACAUGGGAGCAGCUGACAUGGAGAGACAAGCCCUCAAUGUUUUCAGGAUGCGGCUUUUGGGAGCCGAGGUGCGUCCUGUGCACUCGGGCACAGCCACACUAAAGGAUGCUACUUCUGAAGCCAUCAGAGAUUGGGUGACGAAUGUGGAGACUACUCAUUACAUUCUUGGAUCAGUUGCUGGUCCUCAUCCUUACCCAAUGUUGGUACGCGAUUUUCACGCUAUCAUUGGAGAGGAGACGAGGCGACAAGCUAUGGAGAAGUGGGGAGGAAAGCCUGAUGUUCUCGUAGCGUGUGUGGGAGGAGGUUCGAAUGCCAUGGGUCUAUUCCACGAGUUCGUGGAUGACGAGGAUGUUCGACUUAUAGGUGUGGAGGCCGCCGGUCAUGGAGUGAACACGUCUCAACACGCUGCUACCUUGACGAUGGGAGAUGUUGGAGUUCUACAUGGUGCUAUGAGUUAUCUCUUGCAGGACAAGUUUGGCCAGAUCAUUGAGCCACACUCUAUCAGUGCAGGAUUGGAUUAUCCCGGAGUUGGGCCAGAGCAUAGUUUUUUGAAAGACGUGGGUCGGGCUGAGUACUACAGCAUUACAGAUGCAGAAGCCCUGGAUGCAUUCCAGUUGCUGUCGAAGCUUGAGGGUAUUAUUCCAGCCUUGGAAACGUCCCACGCUUUGGGUUAUUUGGAGAAACUUUGCCCGACAUUAGCGGACGGAACAAAGGUUGUACUUAACUGCAGUGGUCGUGGUGAUAAGGACGUGAACACCGCCAUUAAGUUGCUGGGAAUGUGAAUUCGUAUAGAUGGGGGAUAGUCACGGACAGUUCCAUCGACAAUUUUUUUGAGAGUUGCUCUAAAUUAGUUGCAAUGUCUGCGAGAUCAAUUGUGUAAGGAUCGAAGUCUUGCUGUAAAUACGGAGAGUUCCAACACUAGGGCAAGUUCUGUUGGGAAACUGGAGUUAACAUUUUGAAACAGGAGGUUUAGAGGUUAUGAGAUUAUCAUUGUUAUACACGUGACAAAUGAUAAGGAAAAACUAUCUGCGUACACGUUCACGCUGUCUAAAGCGUGCCUUUCAUUUGUAUUUAUGUUCUGAGGUGUAAUCAAAGAAGGAAGUUUGAUUCUUAUGCC